CCGUCGCCCUUUGUUUUUGACGCCCAGAUGGACCCUGCUUCGGAAGGACUUUUUGGACUCCAGAGGACGCUUCCUCGAGUCACAGCCCACCUGGAGGCAUGUGGCUACGGGGAAAUUCUGGCCGGUUGAGUCUGUUCAGGCGAAGCUGCGGAGAGAUGGUCUGGCGGCUUUGCAGAACUCUGCCCAGGCAGCGUACCGGGCAGCCCCAGCUGGGUCCUCCCGGGGCCUUCCUGCCUUUGAACAGUGGUGGCGGGCGGACACUCUGUCCCCGGCACGCUUGAGAGCGGGGGCCGCCAUCUCCAUGGCCACGGCUGCGAGCGGGCCCUGCGCCGGCGGGUCGCCGCGGGACAUCCUUUGGCGCGUUUUGGGUCGGAGGGUAGUUACCAGCAUCGUUUGGUCAGUAGUGCUUCUACCCGUCUGCAUCACAGCCUUUAUAGUCUUAAGCAGCAUCGAUUUAUUCCACCCUAUCCAGUGGCUGUCAGAUUCUUGCAAUGACUUCUAUAGUUCCCAAGCAAUCUUUCACCUCCUGCUGCUGGCCGUGGUCAUUAUAAUCAUAAGUAUUUUCAAUGUGGAAUUCUAUACAGUCGUGCCCUCCAUACCCGGCUCCCGACUGGCCCUGAUUGCGCGGAUCCUGCAUCCCCAGCAGCUCACUCACUCCUUCAUCCACGCCGCGAUGGGAAUGGCCGUGGCUUGGUGUGCGGCCAUCAUGACCAAGGGCCAGUACAGCUCUCUCGUGGUUCCCUGCACUGGAACUGAGAGCUUAGAUAGCCCUGCUGCUCAGACCUGCGUGAAUGAAUAUCAUCUGUUUUUCCUACUGUCCGGAGCAUUCAUGGGCUAUAGCUAUAGUCUUCUGUAUUUCAUUAACAACAUGAAUUAUCUCCCGUUUCCUAUUAUACAGCAGUACAAAUUUUUGCGUUUCCGGAGAUCUCUCCUCUUACUAGUUAAACAUAGCUGUGUGGAAUCCCUGUUCAUGGUCAGAAAUUUCUGCAUUGUGUAUUAUUUUUUUGGCCAUAUUCCCAAAGCGUGGAUUAGCACUGCUCUGGACCUUCACACAGAUGAGCAGGCUCACAGGCCUCUUGACACGAUAGGCGGCCUCCUGAACGUCUCAUUACUCUACCACGUCUGGCUGUGUGGCGUCUUCCUCUUGAUGACUUGGUAUAGCUCAUGGAUACUCUUCAAAAUCUAUGCCACCGAGGCACACGUGUUCCCUGUUCAGCCACCUUUUGCAGAAGCCUCAGAUGAAUGCCUUCCUAAAGUCUUAAACAGCAACCCCCCACGCAUCAUAAAGUAUUUGGCCUUACAGGACCUGAUGCUGCUUUCUCAAUAUUCUCCUUCUCGGAGGCAAGAAGUUUUCAGCCUCAGCCAACCAGGUGGACAUCCCCACAAUUGGACUGCUAUUUCGAGGGAGUGUUUGAAUCUUUUAAAUGAUAUGACUCAGAAACUGGUUCUCUACCAAGAAGCUGCUGCUACAAAUGGGAGGAUGUAUUCAUCAUACUCAAUGGAACCCAAGAAACUGAGCUCUGCAGAAGAAACUGCUUUUCAGACUCCAAAACCUAGUCAGACGCCUUCCGUGCCGCCGUUAGUUAAAACUUCACUGUUUUCUCCAAAAUUAUCUACACCCAAUGUUUCAAGUCCUUUUGGGACCCCGUUUGGCUCCAGUGUAGUGAACCGAAUGGCUGGAAUUCUUGAUGUAAACCCCUUCUGUGGGUCUCCCCAAAGUCCUCAGCUCAUAAGAAGAGGACCGAGGCUGUGGACUCACAAUUCUGAUCAACAAGUGUCUGAAAUUUCUAACCCAUCUCCUUGCGCCUCUGUUACUGCUGAGGGUAAGACAGUGAGACAGCCCAGUGUGAUCUACUCGUGGAUUCAGAAUAAACGUGAACAGAUUAAGAAUUUCUUGUCAAAACGGGUGCUGAUAAUGUACUUUUUCAGUAAGCACCCAGAGGCCUCCAUUCAGGCUGUUUUUUCAGAUGCCCAAAUGCAUAUUUGGGCUUUAGAAGGUCUGUCUCACUUAGUAGCAGCGUCAUUUACAGAAGAUAGAUUUGGAGUUGUCCAGACCACACUCCCAGCUAUCCUUAAUACGCUAUUGACUCUGCAGGAGGCUGUCGACAAGUACUUCAAGCUGCCUCAUGCUUCUAGUAAACCACCCCGAGCUUCAGGAAGCCUCGUGGACACGUCCUACAGAACAUUAAGAUUUGCUUUCAGGGCCUCCCUGAAAACCGCUAUCUACCGUAUAACCACCACGUUUGGUGAACAUCUGAACGCUGUGCAGGCAUCUGCAGAACAUCAGAAAAGACUUCAGCAGUUCUUGGAGUUCAAAGAAUAGUGAAGUAAUAUAAACUGUGUUCAUUACCCUGCUGAUACAACUACAGAUGGGACAGUAAAUGUUGAGCAUUCUUGGAUCAGAAGAGAGUGGACUAAUUAGAUGCUUCCUUUGUCGUGGUGCUCGCUUUGAAAACUAUACUUUAAUGGGAGAAAUCAUGGAAAGAAAUUCUCAGCAGAAUAACCGAAAACUGCCUUUUCUGUACCCAGUGCUUUUUGUGUGUGUGGUAUAAUAAAAUCUUUAUUCAGUUUUACAGGAGCAUCUAUGGCAGCCGAACUGUCUCUUGCUCUUAUAACUUGAUAAUGAUUAUUCACAAUUGUUUGUAGAAUUUACUUUUGAGAAGAGUGGAGCCAGCUCAGAAGUUAAAGCAGGUGGUCUUUCCCAGCCGCUCUAAGAGGUUAGCUCUUUGUAAACUCAAAAUACAUAAACUCAAGAUUAGUUUACUAAAGGAUAAAAAAUGGUAACGGUGGAGAAAAACUCACAGUAAAAAUGUUGUCUACAGGACAUAUUUUGUUAAUCUGUUAGGUUGUGUUUUUGUUUCCAGGGACAAAUUAAAUUUGCAUGAUUGUCCAAAAAGAGUCUCGAUUUACAGAUGUUAACUCUAUAUAAAGGAAUGUAGAAAAAUUGAAAUCUUAAGGUACACGACUAAGCAUUCACAUUCCGGUAGAGCAACAUCUCUGAGUUCACUGUGUGAUGCUCCUGAAGGAUGAGGGCAUCUUGUUUCCUAGCCAGGCUUGCUUGCUUUUUUGAAAUAACAUUAAACAGUUGGCAGAGGUUUUCAAAUGAGGGGAAAGGUUUUGUAAGAAGACCUGGAAACUUCCCUUUCCCUACUGUUUGUCUUUACCAGGUCAAAUUAUGUUGUGAGUCUAGUCUGUCUUCACAUGGGAAGCAGCCUCUGCUGUGUUAACUGGCUAAUUAAAACACAGUAGGUCAAGCUUUAGAGCCAAAAGCACACAGUCAGCUGUUAGGCAGGUGAAUGUCAGAGGCUCUCCGCAGGAGCGGGUACGCCCCGGAUGUACUGUACAGGCGGUCAUUUUAUGACUUAUUAGAUCAUUUCUUUGGAGAUGAAACAUGGGAGGUCCUGCUGGCAGAUAUUCAUUGAACCAGUUUUGGGCCAGAUCCUCCUUUAUAAGUCCUUUUCUGUUAUCUUUUUCUUUAAAGUCAGCACAGUAUUGUAUAUGAGUCCUAAAUGUGAUGCGUAUGCCUAGCCUUUGUCGGCUUCAUUAACGUAUUACAUCUUUACAGUAGUGUAUUUUAGCUCCAGAUCUGCUGCCCAUUCAACCAGCACAUGGCAAAUUAUAAACGAAUCCCGCUAGCCUUAAAAAUGUCUCUAUGGGACAAUUCCUCACCUUGACUGUUAAGUUUUGGGUCUUUUAAGUCCCCUCUCUACCUUGUGUGUGAAGUUCUCUUGAUCUGCUGUGAAAGUUGGGUUUCCAGUGUGUUGGUUUCUUCAGAUACUCAGAGGAGCCUGGCUAGAUAACAGAAUCAAAGCCAUAGGCCUUUUAUGUUGGCUGGCUGCCUCUGACUGAAGCAUUUCGGGAGACAAAUCUAAAUGUUGUGUUUCCAUAAAGAACUGUGGCAUGUGUGUAGCUCACUGAAGAGAGCAUUCAUUUUAACUUGGACUUACUCCUGUGAAAUGUCUGGUCCAUUCCCACUUCCUCUGGGUGAAAGUAUAUUUGAUAGAAAUAUGAAUCUUUCCGGAUGUGCUGUGUCUGAGGUAUUGACCACACCAUGUCUGCCUGCUGGGGAGCAGGACACUGCCAUCCCCUCAGACCUGUCCCUGGAAGGUGAGGGGUCAUUCUUUUUCUCCAUUGUAUAUUGGUGGGCACCCUUUUUUUUUUUUUUUAAAGGCACCUCCCGCAUGCAACGAGGACUUGAGGGAGGGCAGCAGGAGAGAAGCAUUUGCUUUGGUGAAGUUGCAGCCUGCUGACAAGCCUCCUGAAGUCAUGGCCUGAAGUCAGUCUUCACAAGCCAUUGUCCCUGUCUACGUAGCUACCACGCUGCUCUGAGCCCCUCGGGGGGUGUCUAUUGGGACACACAAAGCCACAGGCUGCUUGUGCAGAGUGAUGGGAAACUCACCCUUAUCCUGGUGAGUGGGCAUGGAGAAGUCACGCUCGUUCCUGUGCUUGAUUUCUUCCGCCGUGUCUUGUAUGUCUUCCUGUUAGUAUUUAUGGCAGUCUGCUUAUAUCCUUCUGUAUAUCAUCAGUACUGAAUUGGUAGAAAAAUAAAGUGACAAUUCCUAACUGAGACUGUUCAUCGAA